AUGUCCUCCUCGUGCUGCUCCUGCUGCUGCCUCUCCUCCUGUCCCUUCUGCUCCUACUCCCCCUCCUGCUCCUUCCCCCCCUACAGCGUUCGAAAUGCACGAGUGGAUUUCGAGAAUCGUCUGCUGCUUGUCUCUGGCCCUGGUGCUGCUGCGCCGUUAUCAGUGAGCAUUGGAUGUGCUGUCAGUGGGGAGGUGCGGGUGCGCCAGUGCACUUCCGAGCACAAUUUUUUGGCGCUGAGGCUCGACGAUGGCGUGGAGCUCCGCGUCACUUAUGACGGCAACGACGAUGAUGAUGAUGAUGAUGAUUUGUACGAAAAAUAUCAAAUUACAUGGCAUGGCACCGACGAAUAUCUCUAUAUGAAAGAUGUGGUGCAUUGCGACUCGGGAGGCCUGUGGUACGGAGGCCCGGAGCUGGCGCACCAGAAAUGGCCGAUCGCAAGCAAUUCCUAUCUGCUUGCUCCAUAUCUUCCACUGGAUGCACUCAAGGUAUGUGCUGUUGUACCGUGA